AUGGCAGAAGCCUCUGGUGAUGCCUCCACUCUGACCGCAGCAACAAAGAAAAAGAAAAGUCUCUCCAUUGAAGAAAAGAUCGACAUCAUAAAUGCAGUGGAAAGUGGUAAGAAAAAAGCAGAGAUUGCAGCUGAAUAUGGAAUAAAGAAAAACUCAUUGUCUUCUAUUAUGAAGAAUAAAGACAAAGUUCUAGAAGCUUUUGAAUCGCUGAGAUUUGAUCCAAAGAGAAAAAGACUGAGGACGGCUUUUUACACAGAUCUGGAAGAAGCAUUAAUGAGGUGGUAUCGGAUUGCACAGUGUCUAAAUGUGCCAGUUAAUGGUCCAAUGUUGCGUCUAAAAGCUAAUGAUUUUGCCCAGAAACUGGGACAUAAUGAUUUUAAGUGCAGCAAUGGUUGGCUGGAUCGCUUUAAAUCCAGGUAUGGUUUAGUAUUCAGAGCUCAACCUGCAGAAGCUACAGCUACACCUGUAGACCCUUCAACUGUCUGGUGUCAAAAUGUACUUCCUUAUUAUUUAAACGAUUAUCACCCUAAGAAUGUUUUUAAUAUAAAAGAGACUGGAUUGCUUUAUCGAAUGUUACCUACAAACACAUUUGCAUUUAAAGGAGAAACAUGCUCAAUUGGAAAAUUAUGCAAAGAUCGAAUAACUCUGGUGGUUGGGGCAAACAUGGAUGGCUCCGAGAAACUGCCUUUGCUUAUCAUUGGGAAAAACAGAAAUCCUCAUUGUUUCAAAGGCAUAAAAUCCUUGCCUGUGUACUAUGAAGCUAACAGAACGGCAUGGAUGACCUCAGAAGUAUUUGAACAAUGGAUGUGGAAGCUUGAUGAAAAAUUUCAAGCCCAACAGCGAAGAGUAGUAAUUUUUGUUGAUUCUUUUCCUGCACAUCCAGAGGUAAAGAACCUAAAAUCCAUUGAGUUAGCAUUCUUUCCAUCAUGUUUGUCUUCCAAGUUUAUAGCUAUGAAGCAAGGUGUUAUUAAAAGCCUUAAGAUCAAAUAUCGACAUCAUCUUAUCAAGAAAUUUUUAAGCUCUGUUGAAAGCAGCAAAGAAUUUACAUUUUCCCUACUAGAUGCAGUUGACACAUUGCAUCUGUGUUGGCGGUCUGUAACGCCAGAGACCAUUAUUAAGAGCUACGAAGAGGCAGGAUUCAAAUCCCAGAAGGAAGAAGGUGACACAUCAAAUGCAGAGGCAGAGGCAGAGGCAGAGGCAGACACCGGUCUUGAUUUGGUUGCCCAUGCGCAGGCGGCAGGAGUGGAAUUUCCUGAAGGUUUAUCCAUAGAAGAGUAUGCUGCCCUGGAUGAUGAUUUGGAGACAUGUGAAGCAGCAUCAGAUGAUGAUUUGGUAUGGACCAAAGAAAGUAAAUCAGAUGAGACUGAAUUUUGUACUUCUGAUGAAGAGGAAGACAGUGCGUCUCCAGAAACUGAACUCACAUUGCCAUCAAAAAAUGAGGCAGUAACUGCUUUAGACACCCUUAAAAAAUUUCUUAGAAGUCAGGAUAUAAAUGAUAUGCUUCAUAAUUCUUUAGCAGACCUUGAAAAUUUUAUUGACUCUUCAUCAUCUAAGUAAUUAUUUAAUGUACUCUUAAGAAGGCUAGAUUUUCCCAAUGUAUUUUAUUAUAUAAGGUAUAUAAAGGGGAAACAGCACUU